ACCAGCGUCCGUACAAGAAUUCAGGUGGUCGCAAUUGAUAGAAGGCAUUAUUGGAAAUUUUUCUAUGUCGCAUGGGAGUCUUCUGAUACUUUGUACCGAGAACAUUUAUCGCAGCCUAAGAGCUUGGAUAUCGAUUACUAACGAGAAAGUGGGCCGCGAGCUUUUCCUGGACCUUCUGCGGAACACGUAUCAUGGAAGGAUGAUUAGAAGAGCAGUCCUGCAUACAUGCUGAAGAGAGCCCGCUCCUGCACCUCACUGUAGUGCCGCAUGCCUUCAUCUUCGAGUUUUGCUUGUCACGUGGUACGCCAUGUCGCCUCUUUCUGGACGUUCCGAAGGUUCCAAGACGACGGCGACUCCUCCCCAGGACAGCUGCUGGAGCAUUCCGGCGGUGGCUAUGUGCGCGUCCUUCCUCCUCUGCAUGACGCAGUCCAGCACGGGCUAUUUGUACGUGCUGUUCAUGGAGAAGUUUCAGGUCAAUCGAGAGAUGGCUUCCUGGCCGGAGAGCAUCAUCAUGCUCACGCAGAACCUGGGCGGAUUCGUGGUCACGGUGCUCCACAGUAGACUCCCCAUCUUCUACGUGACGCUCCUGUCGGCUUCUCUCUGCAGCGCUGGGCUCGUCGGCGCCGCAUUCGCACCAGACAUGAAAUGGAUGAGCGUCAUGCUCGGAGGAAUUUACGGCACAGGCUCUGGAGCAUCGAUCAUUUCUUUCACCGUGUUCACAAUGUUGUACUUUGACAAGUACAGAGCUACAGCUACGUCCUGCAAGUACAUCGGCUGGGCCGCAUCAGGAUUAGCUGGGCCCCUGGUUUUUUCGGCUACAGCCGCAAAUUACGGCUUGGGAGGAAGUUUGCUUGUCGGUGCAGCAAUCGCACUGAAUGCCCUGCCACUAGAGAUGUUCCUCCGCUAUCCUCGCCCUGUCGUAUUUAGAUUCUUCCGGUGCACUAUGCGCAACCAACCGGCCAAAGACGGCGUAACCAGAAAUGUUAAGACAGGCAACAGCAAGGAUGCCCAGGGAUCUCCGAAAGAUUUCAAGACCUCACCGUCAGUUUAUGCUGUGCCGAUGUGUGAAGUGAACUUGAAUUUGCAGGCACGAAAUGGAGCAUUUAGUGAGACGUGCUGUGACGAAAAAGAGUGCAGUGACGCGAAGUGCGAAAAACUGACUUCCCAAGCACCACGCCAGCUGUUCGACACAAUCAGCCGCCGGCGAAUGUCUGCCAGCAAUAGCCAAUCUCACAAAGGGAACAGCCGGCGAGAAUCAGCAUGCGUUUCUUACGGAACGCAGCCAUCUACCAUAUUGAAGUCGGUGCCUUCUGAUUCAAGUAAGAGCAUUCUGGAACAAAUGGCUCUGUUCCGUCAGCUUGCUUUCUAUGUAUUGCUCAUCGUGUACGCCUUCUGCGAUUGUGCAAUAUCGAUGCACACCACCACGAUUGUGGACUACGGCCGUGACAAGGGAUCUCCGCUAGAGAAGGCGAAGUUAGUGGUCACGUACAAUGCAGCGGGUCAGUUUGCCGGAAGGACGCUUUUGCCGUUCGCCUCGGACAACGUGGCUCACAGCCGGUGUCCGCUGGCCGUUUUGUGCUUCGUCGGCGCCGGCACCUGGCUGCUGCUUAUGCCGGUGGUGCAGUCCUUGCCUGCCUUCAUGGCUCUCAACGUGGUACUCGGAGUGUGCCAGGGUUUUGUGACCUGUAUCCGGUGCGUCUUGGUCAACGACUACUGUGGAGUCGAGCGGCUGCCUACCUUCUUCGGGAUUCUCGGACUAACGCUGGUUCCGCUGUCGUUCAGUGGACCAACUAUCAUAGGUUUCUUCCGCGACACCCUCGGCUCGUACGAUAACUUCUACCGGAUGCUGGGAGCAGUGAAUAUUUGCAUCGCGGCCCUGCUGUUCGUUCUCGUGUGGCGCGACAAGAUGCGGAGAAAAUCUUCUGACUUGCCUAGGGCAGCCAUGGGUCGCUGAACUUCGCUGGUACAGAUUACUGACAAAACGUCUUUAAUGUGUCGGCAUUCUUAAGGUUCUUCACGAACUUUCCGGUGGCUAACUAUCUACCUAUCUAUGUAUGUGUCUAACCAUUUGCUGGCCUACCUGGGUCAUUGGGUAGUCCAUGGUCAAAUGGGUAGCGCAUCGAUCUGCUGUGCUAAGGUUAGAGGGUUAAAAACCAACCAACGGACCAACUUGGGUCACUGAGUAUGCUGCAG